UACAGUACAGGACUGCAGUACAUCAGAGCGCGAGCGUUUAAAGGGAGGGGUGGGGAACGGGGGUCUCCCUGCACGUACAGGGAACAGACCAUUCUAAACACAAUAUUAAUCUAUCUGCGCAGAGAGCAGCAGCCACCUCUCACACUGCAAGCGAGCGUCGGAACCGCCGUGCAAAAGAGCCGGGCUCGUCUGCAUGUGUGGUUUUAAUUAACUUCAUCUCAUCUCACCGCCUGGGGACAGAAUCCGGAACGGUGCUGCGUCACACGACACUGCCCGUAACACUUUUUACACUUUGAAAAUAAUACAUUUUACAAUAAAAGCAAUUCUGCCAGCCACGCUCUUUACCUGCCUGGGUGAACGCUACUGCACUGCAUUCUUGAAAAUUCACAUCUCGUAUCGAUCUGCUUUCCUGUUUAGGAAGAGACCACGUCCUUGUGCUGGAUGAAGCAAUGAAUCAUGUGCCUAUAAACAGUCGUACAUACAGGACUGCCUUAUUGAGAAGGCUUACGUGUUCCCAAAGAAGCUCUGCUGUUUCCAUGACGAGGACAGGCGGGUACCUGCUUUCAAUCAGGAAAGUUCAUUCUUCACUCUUCGGAAGUACCGGAUUAGUUAUUUUUGACCUGGACUUUUUUUUAAAUCAGAGUACACAACACUAUGGACACAAAAGGAACGCCUGUGAGCGAUGCCGUUCAAAACACAAGCAAAUGAUGCAUUUUUCAUGAGCUUGACGGAGUCACAUGAUGAACCCGUACUGCAGAGAACACGUAUAUAGACGGUGGGAUCGUAAUUCUGUCGCCUUAAUGAACCGCCUCAGAUAACGGCUGUGUGGCACAAAGCCUGCAGUCACCCGACAAUAUAAAGAAAACCAAGAAGGGAGAAAAAAAUUAACAGGUGAAUAGGUUUUCACAGAAAAAAAACAGGAAUUUAGCUCGUGUGUUCAAGUAUUGGACACUAGCACCACCUUCUGGCUAACUGGUUGAAUUGCACCGCCAAUAUUUUCUAAGGUCAGCCUAAAAUUGUGCAGCGUUCUUGGUUGGGUGUUUGAAUCAGAGAUGCUUUGGUUAAAGUUUGUAAAAAAUGUCAAUUUAUAUGUAAUUUUAAUUGCGUCAGUAUUUGAGUGAAUACAUUCUUUGCUAAAUCUCAGUGUGCGGCAAUGACAUUUCAAGAAGGACCAGCAGGCGACGCUGUUGUGCCAGGUCUGGUCACCUGCGCCGAAAAUGGAGACUCUGGCGACUCGGGAACAGAAAACACUGCAAGUUAAAGCUUACCCAGUGGAUCUUCUGUCUGGCAUGGACUACGAGUCCCUGGGGAGAAGCGGGGAGCACUUCCUUGCAGCGCUGCAGAGUGGCGAUGCCUCCGCAACACAGCGCUUUAUUCUGCCUGAUGGGGGAGGAGAGGUGAACAUCUCAGAAUCGAAUGUGUCAUUCCUUUCUCUGUUCGGAGAGGAGCACCCCAGGCACAGAGUCCUGGCUCUGAGUGAGCAGGAUCGAGCAGUGCUGGCUCUCUACCUGUGCUCAGGCUGGUGGGCUGUGGAGGAAGCCCUGAGGACAUCCGACCCCUCCAGACACGGGCUCGUAGAGGUCCUUGCAGGUGCAGUCUGUGGGAGAGAGGCUCGUCCUGUUCAUCCUGAACCAGAUUGUUUACGGGACCCAGGAGAGCCCCCCAGACCAGGACAACCCCCUCUUCACCCCCCACCCCCCCAGGGAGCAGGCCACGAUUCUGUGGCAAGAAGGGGAAGCGGCUGGCUUUUACACCGUCAAGAGGAAAGUGGAACCGCAGGUAGCCUGUGUGGCGGCUGCACCAGCUUGUGUUACCAGCUCCCGGUCCUGGACACUGUGUUCGUCAGGAGGAGCUGGAGGAGGAGGGGGCUGUGCCUGGAGAUGCUGGAGGGUUACUGCAGCUCCUUCAAUGGAGAGGAGGUACUGGGGAUCAGCUACCCCGUCUCCACAGCCAUGUACCAAGUCUGCAGGAAGUAUCUGCUGGCACACCCGGAGCAGCGUGAUCGCCUGUACGAGGCAGAGCCUCCGGGACACUGGAGCCAGAGGCAGAGCAUUUGGUUACAGAUUCAGUUGGGGAAGAUUCCUUCAGCUGAUGAACAACAGGCUGCAGCUGAGAGAAUCCUAUUAGAAGAGAGCAGGGCAGACAGCUCUGCUCAAGAGGGUCUCAGAAAGGAGAGUCCUGAUUUCGUUCCUGCUGCAGCCGCCUGCCCUUCGAAACUCAAACGGAAAGGAGGAGCCACCCUGGAAGAAGUUACUCCCAAAGUGAAGAAAUAGUACGAGGAGCGGAGAGGGAGUGCAGCCCAGCUCCCAACCUAACCCUGACACAGUGGAGCCGCACUGCAGCACUGUACGGAGACGGGACGGUGUAGCUCUGCUGACGCAGUGGAGCUGCACUGCAGCACUGUACGGAGACGGGACGGUGUAGCUCUGCUGACGCAGUGGAGCCGCACUGCAGCACUGUACGGAGACGGGACGGUGUAGCUCUGCUGACGCAGUGGAGCCGCACUGCAGCACUGUACGGAGACGGGACGGUGUAGCUCUGCUGACGCAGUGGAGCCGCACUGCAGCACUGUACGGAGACGGGACGGUGUAGCUCUGCUGACGCAGUGGAGCAGCACUGUACGGAGACGGGACGGUGUAGCGCGUGCUGCUUCUCUGCAGCAUUUAAAUUAGUCAUUUCAAAUGGGCUAAAAUACUUCCAGGAUUGUACUGUACUGUACUGUGUGAAGGGAAGCCACUGUAAUUGUGUAUUUCCAUCUGUUCAGUUGGCAUGUCUCUUAAAUGUUGUCCAUGUAAGAACUGCAUGUUAAAGUACAUUUACAUGUGCUUGUAAUAUAUUGCUAUGUGUAUAGGAUGUGUGUGUAUGUUGAUAAGUAUGAGAAUAUUUGGAUUAAUAAAGAAAAUAUUUUCCUAUGUGCCUUUUAACGUGAUGAAA